AUUCCUUCAGGGGAUGUACGAUAGGUUGGUCACCUCUGAGUUCAAGGACUUCCUUCGCUGGUGGAAGAAGAUCAAUUUUGAAGUGGGAGUGAAUUUUUUAGUAUCAAGAAUACAAGAUCCAAAGUCCGCCAUGAUGUUGGAUGAAGCUCAUGAUGAAGUGAAGCGGUUCGCCAGCGUUCCUAAUUCGGGCCAAUAUUGGAAGAUCGCCUUGGAUGAACUGGAAUCACUGAAGGAGACGUCAAAAACGAUUCAGUUCUUAUCUGAUGAAGCUGAAAUGAAGCAAUUCACCAGCGUUGCUGUGAAAGUGUGGCUUGACCAUCUCAAGCGACUCCUUUAUGAUGCGGACGACAUACUGGAUGAUUAUGCAAGUGAACUUGUACGCCUGAAAUUCGAAUCUGCUUAUCCAACCCAACUGGUACGCAACUCUGUUCCUCUCACUCCAUCAAGUACUGAAAGUAGUGUUUCAUAUUUUUUGAAGUUUGGUAUAGAAUCUGCUGUUAAGGGCAUCAAUGAAAGGUUUGAAGGGAUAAAAGGCAUCGAGGAUAAGUUUUACAACUUCGCCGAAGAGCUGCAAGGGGUAUCAACCAGAGGUUAAAAAAUGUAGCGAGAGAAGGAGUUGCUACAGGUUUGAACUUGAGCAAGGGAUCUGGGUCCUCAAGGCCUAGGGUAGUGAGUCAAAGGCCACCGACGAGUUCUUUGGUGGAUAACUCUAAUGUUUUUGGCAGAGAGGAUAAUAUGUGCAAGAUUGUCGAUUGGUUGCUAUCAGACGAAACUUCAAGUCUCAAUAACAAUGGUAAUAAUUUCUCUGUGCUGCCCAUCGUCCGCAUGGGUGGAUCGGGAAAGACGACCCUUGCUCAACUUGUUUAUAACUGUGACAGAGUUAAGAAUUCGAAGUAUUUUGAUCUGAGAGUUUGGGUCUGUGUAUCUGAAGACUUUGAUGUGGUGAGGUUGAUCAAAGAAAUUCUCAAGUCAGCCACCGGGUCUACCCCUCCUGAUGAUGAUUCACUGGAAGCACUACAGCUGAAACUUGAACUAAAAUUUAAUAAGGAUGGAAGAUUCUUGUUGGUUCUGGAUGAUGUCUGGAAUGAGGACUACAAGAAAUGGGAAGUCUUAACCACCCCUUUUGCAUAUGGUAAGCCAGGAAGCAAGAUAUUGAUUACAACACGGAACAAGGGUGUUGCAACAAUGGUGCGUACUGUUCAGGAAGAUCAUGAUUUACAAGGUCUAUCAGAUGAGGCUUGUUUUGAGCUUAUUAGAAAGAAUGCUUUCAUGGAUAAAAAUUCACCUGAAGCAAAUCGAAAGUUGGAAGUGUUUGGAAAAAAAAUUAUGAAGAAAUGUAAAGGUUUACCUUUGGCUGUAAAGACACUUGCGAGCCUCUUGCAAGAUAAAAGGGAGAAUAGUGAGUGGGAAGAUAUUUUGGAGAAUGAAAUAUGGGAUCAUGGUGAGAUCUUUCCAUCACUUAUGUUGAGCUACCAUCACCUUUCGCCACUUUUGAAGAGAUGUUUUGCGUAUUGUGCUUUGUUUCCCAAAGACUACAUCUUUAACAAGAUUGAAUUAGUAAUCUUGUGGAUGGCGGAAGGUAUUAUUCAACCAGAAGGAGAUAAAAGACUAGAAGAUAUAGGGGUUGGGUAUUUUGAUGAACUAUUUAUGCGGUCCUUCUUUGAGUUAUCUAAUAAUACCCAAGCAUUUCAUCCGACUUUCAGUGAUCACUUAUCAGAAAGACUUCACAGCCGGUCAUUCUUUGAUUCAUCCAGUAACGUAGGAUUGGGAUUUGUGAUGCAUGAUUUAAUUCAUGAUUUAGCACGAUUCGUUUCGGCUGGAAUAUAUAGUCGGAGAGAAUAUGAUAAUCCGUCCCAAAUUCUUGUAACAACUCGUCACUUAUCCUACCUUAUGGACAAUUGUAAUGCUGAGGCGAUACAUUUUGAGGGUAUGAAAAGUGUACGCACCCUUGUAACUCUAGGUGGAAUUGUGGGUGUCCCCAGGUACAUUUUUCCCGACAUGCAAUUCCAUUUCCUGCGUGUACUGCAUUUAAGAAAUUGUCUCAACCUUAAGUUGCCUGAUUCAGUCAGCAAGUUGAAACAUUUAAGGCUUCUAGAUCUAUCAUUUUCUAAUAUUGAGAUAUUACCUGAUUCAAUUGGAAGUCUUUACAAUUUACAAACCUUGGUCCUAGCUGGAUGUUUGCACCUUACAGAGUUGCCCAAAGAUUUGGGUAACCUCGUAAAUCUUCGACAUCUUUUUCUCCCAUGGGGUUCAUAUAAAAUGCCAUUACAAAUGGGAAACUUAACUAGCCUUCAAACGCUGAGCACAUUUGUUGUGGGGUCAAAAAAUAUUAGUGAGUUGAGGGACUUAUCCCAACUCCGUGGGAAUUUGGACAUUUUGAAUUUGGAAAAUGUAAGCAACAAUGGAAGAGAGGCGAUGGUUGCCAAUUUAAAGAACAAGCGACACCUUCUUGGGCUGCGGUUGCGUUGGAGUCAUUAUGAAAGUGCUGAUACCCUUCUUGAUUUGGGGAGAGAUGAGAAAGUAGAAGAGGAUGUACUUGACCAACUACAACCUCCUCCUAAUCUUGAAGAGCUAUGGAUUGUAAACUACGGUGGUACAAGAUUCCCAAGCUGGAUAGAGUGUCCUUUCUCUAAUUUACACACUUUAGGUCUCAUCAAUUGUCGCAAAUGCAAGUUCUUGCCUCAUCUUAAGCAACUGCCCUUGCUCAAACAACUAUUCAUCUCCGGUUGCAAUGCAAUAAAAAUUGUGGGAAGUGAGUUAUAUGGGGAUGGCUCGUCAUCAGCUAGUAAGCAAUUUCAAUCACUGGAGAAACUAUUUAUUGAAAAAAUGGAAGAGUGGGAGGAGUGGCCCAAAGUGAUUGAAGAAGAAGGUAUAGGGCAAUUCCCUUGCCUCUGUCAUCUCAAUAUAAUUGGAUGUCCAAAGUUGAGGAAGUUCUCUCACCACUUUCCUAGCCUCGUGCAACUGGAGAUAAAAGAAUGUGAAGACCUAAGAGAACUACCACAGCUUCUUCCUUCAGUGAAAUUGCUCGACAUUGAGCAUUGUCCAAAACUAGUGGUAUUUCCAACUCUUCCAUCGAUUGAGAAGUUGAUUUUGGAUGGAUUUGAUCAGAUAAUACCAUCAUCAUCUUCACCACCAUCAUCAUUGGGAGUGGGUGACUUAACUAGGUUUCUGAAGUUCAGAGCAUUAACGGUACUAGAUGAUGACGAACAAUUCGACAUUAUCUAUGAAGCCCCUCAUGAUCUGUCCAGCAAUACUGAGCAUUUAUGGUGCCUUGACCUCUCUGCAACUUCCAUGAAAUUGUUACCGCAGUCACUGUAUAGGAUCCAAAGGCUAGUAAUGUUGAAAGUCUGCAAUAAUCCGGAGCUUGUCAGCUUACCCGAUGACAUCCAUAAGCUCGAAUGCUUACGCUUCUUGGAUUUGAGUGGCACUGGCAUCAGGGUCUUGCCCACUACAUUUGGGGAACUGCCAGAGCUUUGUUACCUAGAUCUCUCCUACACUCCAAUUGAAAUGUUACCCGAGUCCGUGGUUAAGCUGGAAGAACUAAGAACAUUGAAGCUCUCUCACUGUACUUCUCUUUCUGGGUCUUUUCAUUAUAUGAUUGGGUGGAAGAACAUUCAAUGCUUGGACCUGUCCUACACUGGUAUUGAAAUGUUACCAGAGUUUGUAGGUAACCUUGAAAAUCUACAAAGGUUGUCUGUGGAAGGUUGCUCUCGUCUAGCUGGGUUACCAAGUGACAAUGGUACACUGUCAAAGGGUGUCAAAUUGUGGACUUCCAUGCCGGCCAAAUUAGGGUUUCAUGCACGUCCGGAUCUCGCCUCCUUCUCCUCCCCUCCAUCGAUGACCAUAGCACCUGUCGACUAUGAACAGCAGCCUACAGGUCAAUAUUCACCAGGUUUUCUACUAAAUCAAUUGGAUUAUAUAUUGAGAAAGAUGAGGCCUAUACUUGAAAAUCCUGAAGAAAUGGGAAUUGGGGAUAUCACCCUCAUUUCUUCCUCACUUCUACAGGUGCUACAGAGGCUAGAGAUGUCCCUGACCAUGCUAAGAGAUGCAGAGCUUCAUAAAUUGGGAGAUCCAUCAAAACAUGAGUUUCUUGAACAUCAACCUCUAUUUGAAGGUCUAGGGAAUAUAUUGGAGGCCAUUGCUUCAUGUGUUUCAGAAGCAACACCUUUGAUUCAACUACCACUGCAAGGUCAUGAAAGAGAUGUGGCACUUGAUAUCAUAAACUCAAUCUAUGAUAAUUCAGUUGCACUAAGCAACAUCUCCUUGCUAUUUGAAACUAUUGAAAUGGCAGGGCGACCACAUGAGGAUCCACUUCUUUCCGUUCAUACUUAUCAUGAGAUUGUACAGCCUAAGCCUGGAAUAGAUCAAGUGUCAUCCAUGGACACCAAGAUUACUGAAGGAUCAAUUUCUGAAGCUUCUAAUACCUCAGAGGUAUGUAAAAGCUUUCACAAUCUACCUCAACAUCUAAAGAGAUGUGUUAUCUACACUUGCAUUCUAUUUCUUGGAGAUUAUGAAUUUGAGGAGGAUACAUUGAUCCAGUUAUGGAUUUCCGUGGGUUUUAUACGGACGGGACAAGAGCAACUAAUGGAGAGAGGUCGAAUAUACUUCCAAGAGCUUCACAGACUUUCUAUUUUUCAAAUGUCAUCUAUUGUUUGUGAAAAUUAUGAGUCAACAUACAGAGUUCAUAAGGAUGUCUAUGAGCUAAUAAAACAAUAUUGUCCAAAUGAAUAUUCUAUGAUGGAUGAAGGUGAAACAGAUAAGAUUUCUCCAGUGACUUUGCAUUCCAUGUUGUUGCUUGAUGACAAAAUUUGCAAAAGCUUUGAUAUGAAAAUAUUUGAAAGGUUUCAUGAAGCAGAGUUGUUACGCACACUUAAAUUGCGGAUUGAGUUUGGAAGCUCCAUCAAGCACAUUCCUCACAAUUUGUUUGUGAAAUUGAAAUUCUUACGAGUGUUGGAUUUGAGUUCUACAAAAAUCAAGGAGUUGCCAACCUCUGUUUGCAAAUUGAGACAUUUACGAUACCUUGACGUCUCUAGCACUCGAAUGAGAAAGUUGCCGGAAUCACUGAGUAAACUCUAUAAUCUAGAAACAUUGAAGCUUAGAAAUUGCUCAGACCUUGUUGUAUUACCCAAUGAAAUGAGUAAGCUCAUCCAUCUUCAGUAUCUCAAUCUGGAUGGAGUGCAUCAAUUGACUUCCAUGCCUCCAAGAAUGGGGCAGUUAACUAAUCUACAAACACUGAGCAUAUUCGUUGUGGGAAGACAGGAAGGAUUUCGGAUUGAAGAGCUGAAAUAUAUGAAGAAGCUUAGAGGGUCACUUUGCAUAGCAAAGAUGGAGAAUGUUACCAAAGAUCAGGCUAAUGAAGCUCAAUUAGGUGACAAAGUUGCAAUUAACAAAUUGGAGUUCCAAUGGAGUUCAUCACAACGUAAUGGUGAGAUGGAAUUUAUUCUUAUUGAGCCUCAUCUUUCAAUUGAGCAGUUAAAGAUAACAAGGUAUGGUGCUGAGAGCUUUCCAAACUGGUUGUCUUCGGAAAAAUUCUAUAGACUUACAGUUAUCAACCUAAGAAACUGCAAUUGCACCUAUCUUCCGGAUCUUGGAAGACUCCCUUCCCUCAAGUCAUUGUACAUGCAUGAAAUGCAUUUAUUGAAAGAGAUCAGCCAUGAGUUUUAUGGUGCUUUCUUGAAAUUAGAGGCACUAAAAUUUGAUGGAAUGCCCUGUUUGGAGAAAUGGACAGCAAUCAAGGAAUAUGACAUGCCUAGUCUUCGUGACCUUACUAUCAUCGACUGCCCAAACCUGGUCACUCUUCCAGAGUUCAUGAAGCUCAAGUCUCUUAAAAAUUUGAGAAUUAUACUUUGCCCGGAAAUCCAAGCUUUCCCAGGAGAAAGGCUGCCAGAAAGUCUUCAAUCAUUGACUAUUAUGGAAUGUGUGAAACUUGAAGAACAAUGUCAGAAGGGAAAAGGCAAAGAAUGGUUCAAGAUAGCAGGCAUUCCUGAAAUAUUGAUCGAGUACCAACAGAUAUCUGGAUCAGAAACUAGUGAAAAUCCAAUCACAGACCCAGUAACUGAGGACUAAAAGGAAUCCAAAUUUAGCAAAGGGACCUCUACAAUUUUUAUGAGUGAUAUUACUUCCACCUCGGCUGAGAGACAAGGCGACAUUGAUCCAAUGAUGUAUGAGGAAGCAACCUCAUUACUAAAAUCGUGGCUGUUCUCAAGAAUAGAUGAAUGUGCAAUUUGUCACUUGCCAAAGUAGAUUGCUGCUGUUAUUGCUGGGCAAUUAUUCUCUCGUGUGUUCGGACCCAAAAACAAAAACAAAAAAUCUCUAUUGUGUAUUUUCUUUUUAUAUGUUUUUCCUUUUAGAAUAUUUGUGAGAGUGGUAUUGUGUGUUCUACCAAAAAAAAAA